AAUCGCUGCCAAAAUUAAUGUUUUGAUGUUAUCUCCAAGGAAACAAAUUUAUCGCAAUUUGGAAAUUAUUUCUUUACGGAUUUUCCAGAUUUAUUUAUUGCACUUUUAUUUCUAUUGUUACGUAGAAUUAUUGUAGUUUACCUUAAUAUGGUGGUGUCUUUGCCUACUUGAAAUGUUUUUUAUGAGAGCAUCUUCGUAUGCAUUUUUUGCGUUGAAUAUUUAUUUCAUUGUACCGGAAACCAGUUCACAAAAUGUAUUUACUGUUAAUAUGCUUUUGGUUAACGAAUACAAGAAUUUGGUAGCAAGUAAAUCAGCCGAAGUAGUACUAAAUUAUUUGCGGCGAAAUCCACGGAUUGGAAUUCACGUUGAUGGUAUUUACAAAGCUGACGUCAGCGGAAAUGAUGCCCAAGCUAUACUCGAAACAUUGUGUGUUCAAUAUAAUAAUUCGAUAAAAGAUGGGAAACCUCCUCACAUCGUACUAGACACCACUCAAACUGGAAUAGCCUCAGAAUCGGUGAAAACAUUCGCAGCUGCUUUAGCUUUGCCUACCAUCUCAGCAUCAUAUGGACAAGAUGGUGAUAUCAGGCAGUGGCGUAACUUGGACGGAGAACAGCAGAAGUACUUGAUACAGAUAAGUCCUCCUGCGGAUAUCAUUCCAGAAGUGAUCAGAAGCAUUAUAGUUGCUCAAAAUAUUACAGAUGCUGGAAUCUUGUUCGACGACUCUUUUGUUAUGGAUCACAAAUACAAAUCAUUGCUUCAGAAUAUACCUACCCGACACAUUAUAGCUCAAAUCGAGGACGUCCGCAGUAUUCAAAGGCAACUAACCAGAUUUCGCGAUUUGGAUAUAGUUAAUUACUUCGUGCUGGGAAGAUUGAGUACAGUAAAAACUUUACUAGAUAAUGCCAACGUCAACAAAUUUUUCGGACGGAAAUUCGCAUGGCAUGUUAUCACCCAAGAUAAAGGAGCGUUGAGAUGUAGUUGCUCUAAUGCAAGCGUAUUAUUUGUCAAACCAGAACCAGAUCCGAUGAGUCGAGAAAGACUUUCGAAUUUGAAAACUACUUACACACUUACUUCUGAACCUGAAAUUAUGGCAGCGUUUUAUUUUGAUUUUAUUUUUCGUGGACUUCUCGCAGUCAAAUCUAUGGUUGAAGCCAACGAAUGGCCUAAGAAUUUCUCUUACAUUACUUGCAACGAAUAUAAAGAAGAAAAUCAACCUUUCCGGAAAAGUUUCGAUCUGAGAAAACACCUAAGACAGGUAAACGAGCCUCCAUCGUACGGAAACUUCUUAAUCGAAACGAAUGGCCACAGUUACGAAGAAUUCACCAUGAAAUUGGAAAAGGUUUCAAUCCUGAACAGUCAAUCUGUAAGUUCUGAAUCCAUAGGCUCUUGGAAAGCAAGUUUGAAUUCGCCUAUUUUAGUAAAAGAUGUGGCCAGUUUAGCAAAUUUGUCUGCGGUUACAAUUUAUAGAGUUGUAACAGUACUGCAACAUCCUUUCAUGAUGAGAGUAGUCGAUGAAAAUAACGCCGAACGAUUCGAAGGAUAUUGCGUCGAUUUGAUCGAAGAAAUUAAAAAAUUAGUCGGAUUCGAGUACGAAAUUUACGUAGCACCGGAUAAUAAAUUUGGUAACAUGGAUGAUAAUGGACAAUGGAAUGGAAUGAUUAAAGAACUAAUCGAAAAGAGAGCUGAUAUAGGACUUGGAUCAUUAUCUGUGAUGGCUGAACGAGAGAAUGUCGUCGACUUCACUGUACCUUAUUACGAUUUAGUUGGUAUUACGAUUUUAAUGAAGAAACCGAGUACUCCUACUUCGCUUUUCAAAUUCUUGACUGUUUUGGAAAACGAAGUUUGGUUGUGUAUAUUGGCAGCAUAUUUUUUUACGAGCUUUCUUAUGUGGAUCUUCGAUCGCUGGAGUCCAUACAGUUAUCAAAACAAUCGAGAAAAAUAUAAAGACGACGAAGAAAAACGAGAAUUCAAUCUGAAAGAAUGUCUAUGGUUCUGUAUGACUUCUCUAACCCCCCAGGGAGGUGGAGAAGCACCAAAAAACUUAUCCGGGCGAUUGGUUGCCGCAACAUGGUGGUUAUUUGGAUUCAUUAUUAUUGCAUCGUAUACUGCCAAUUUAGCUGCAUUUUUAACCGUUUCAAGAUUAGAUACUCCGAUCGAAUCUUUAGAUGAUCUUUCUAAACAGUAUAAGAUCACCUACGCACCUCUCAACGGAUCGGCAGCCAUGACCUAUUUUGAAAGAAUGGCUGAAAUCGAAGCUAAAUUCUACGAAAUUUGGAAAGAUAUGAGUCUGAAUGAUAGUUUAAAUGAAGUAGAACGAGCCAAAUUAGCAGUAUGGGACUAUCCAGUCAGCGAUAAAUAUACAAAGAUGUGGCAAGCUAUGAAAGAAGCGCAGCUUCCAGUUACAAUGGAUGAAGCUUUGAAGAGGGUUAGAGAUUCGAAAACGUCUAGCGAUGGAUUCGCAUACCUAGGUGAUGCGACCGACAUUAGGUAUCAGGUUAUGAUCAACUGUGAUCUGCAAAUGGUUGGAGAUGAAUUUUCUCGUAAACCUUAUGCCAUAGCAGUUCAACAAGGAUCUCCUUUAAAGGACCAAUUCAACAAUGCGAUUUUAUUAUUACUUAACAAAAGAAAGCUGGAAAAGCUAAAAGAGAAAUGGUGGAAUUUAAAUCCAGCUCGUAAAGAAUGCGAAAAACAAGAUAAUCAGUCCGAUGGAAUCAGCAUUCAUAAUAUAGGUGGCGUUUUCAUCGUCAUAUUCGUGGGUAUCGGCUUAGCCUGUAUUACUCUAGCGUUCGAGUACUGGUUCUACAAAUACAAGCAUAAUCCUCGUAUGGCUAUGUUCACUCGUAAAAUUAGCACUCAAAAUUCCGUCAUAGAUAAAAUACAUCCUAGCUCAUUAGCAGAUUUUACAACUUUCAAAGCUAAAAGUUCUCGACGUAGUCAAGGUUUUCAUCAAACCGAAAACUUGGCUAUAAUAAACAGAAAUAAUUGGUGAAUAAAAAUAUUCGAACGAUCAAGAUUUUGUACUAAUAAAUAUUAAUUUCUUACGCAA